AGAGAGGCAAUUGAUGGGAAUAGUCUCCACUUGCACAUGGACACGACAUUCAAAAUUGUGCCCAGAGCAGGUGGAGCCCAUCAGUUGGAUGAGGGAUCACACGGCAUACCCUGUGGUGUUUUGUAUGAUGCCAAACCGCACCAGAGAAACGUACACUGGGGUACUGCGAUACACCAGGCAAUUAUUUGGCGCCUCCCAUAUCUCCUCUGUCCUUUGUGACUAUGAGUUGGCCCUGAGACAUGCAGUUCGAGAAGUGUUUGCUGUAAUUUCCUUGAGAGGUUGCUGGUUCCACUUCGCAAAAAAUGUAUUUCUCAAAGCUCGCCAAAUGCAUAUAAAUGACGCAGUUGGCGUCAGAAUGGCUAUGGCCCUUCCACUGUUGCCCGCAGAACGAAUUUCUGAAGGAAUAGACUUCGUUUGCGAAAGAAUUAGUAAUGAUGGAUUCACAAGGUACAUGCAGAGACAGUGGCGUAACACCAAUAUUUCGGUGUUUGGUUUCGAUAACCGAACCAAUAACGCCAUCGAGUCUCUGCAUGGACAAGUAUUAAAAAUCAUAGGCCGCGCACACCCGAAUUUUUGGGUGUUCGUUCAAUUCCUUCAGAAAUUCGAACACUACAAGUGCUCUGAUCUAAUCAGAGUACUAAGCGGGCUGCAGUUGAGAAGACGGGGGAGACGCCGUUAUAUUGAACUCAAUCAACGGAUCAAUAAUGCUCAGCGUCAAUUUGAGCAAGAUGGCAAUCUGCGUCAUUUUUUGAGUGUGACCAGCCAUACGGUCAUGGGCAUUCACAGAUUAUUUGACCCAAAUGUGCCAAUUGAGGAAAUUCCAGACACGGAGGGAAUGGUCCCGAACGAUGUCCAGGGUUUAAAGGAGGCGGCUAAUAUUGACCUGGAUGUCGAAAACGCAGCCUUAGUGCCGUUGGUGGAAAUGCAGGUAAAAUCGUUAUCCGACGUUGGGAGAUUGAGAUCGGACUUAGGGGCAGUUGAGGAUUGGUGUGCUGCCAAUUGUCUGGCUAUCAACGUCGAUAAAUGUAAGUUCAUGACAAUAUCCCGUCUGGAGCGCCCCAUCAUGGUCGAUUAUUGUAUAGGUGGUAAGAAUAUAGAUAGAGUGUUUGUUUUCAAGGAUCUGGGUGUUUCAUAUGAUAGCACAUUGUCUUUUAGGGAACAUAUUCAGGCCAUUUCUGCGUCAUCUCUCAGGACUUUGGGAUUCGUUAUUAGAAAUGCUAGGGACUUCAACGUCGAGACUCUGCAACAUCUUUAUAUAUCUUUAGUUAGACCUAUGUUGGAGUUCUUAUCUGUCGUGUGGUCUCCAUACUUAUCGAUCGAUGUUUCUUUGCUGGAGAGGGUUCAGAACAGGUUUCUCAGGUGUGCUGCUGUUAGAAUGGGUACUUUCUCGAUCUAUACUUUCUCAGCUAGUCGAAUGCGCGACCGUCUUGGACUGUCCUCUUUGAGAACGAGGAGGUUUCAUGCGGAUGUGAUAUCAAUUGCUAAGCUCUUUCAAGGUCUUUUGUACUCCCCUGACUUGUUAUCGCAAUUCAGUCUGUAUGUUCCUCCUAGACCCAUCCGAAGGUUUGAUUUGUUUCGACUCGCACAGUCGAGGACUAAUUAUUGUUUAAAUUCUCCGGUUUCGAGGAUGAUGAGAAACGCUAAUGUCGUGGACUCCUUAGGAGUUGAUAUAUUUCAUGAUUCCAUUUCGAGGGUGAGAAGAGAUUUGAAGUACCUGAUAAGACUGUGA